AUGGUGCGGCUCAACCUGGUAGUCCUGCGCGGCGUCGCCACGACGCUGGAGGCGCUGCUGAGCGAUGCCAGUACGCGCCGUGCCGCCGUCGCAGUGCUGGGCAAGUUAGCCGACCAGCACCGCGGCGACGAGGUGUUUCUGCGAGCAGUGCAGAACGUGGAGCCGCUGGUGCGCGCGAUCCAGGAGCCGGAGUACGAGUACGACUGCGUGGCGAUCGCGCGACUGCUGGGUUGGGGCGGCGCCGACAAGGCCGCCGCGCUCGUGCCGGUGCGCACGCUCGAGCAGCCGUGCCUUGUUACGUCCAUGGCGUAUUUCCGCCAGCGCGACGAGCUCGCGUCGGCGACAUGCGACGGGUCAGUGGUGGUGUGGGGCAGCCCGCACCCGAGCACCGGUGAGGUGAGACCUGCCACGACGGUUGAGCUCCCGCAGCGGUGCGUGCCGGUGGCCAUGGACGGCGCGUCGCGGGGGAAUUAUUUGGUUGUCGCCGGCAUGCCGUUCCCUGCAAGCAGCAUAAGCGCCAUAGCGGGUGAGAAUAGCGCGACUGGCAGCAGUGGAAACAGCAACAGCAGCAGUAAUAAUAACAGUAAGAGGCGGAGUCUGUCAUCGGGGACCUCAAAGGGACCGCUGCUGCGUCUCCUCACAUGCAACGAAAGCACUGGGGCCUGGACGAACGGUGAGACCAUAACACGAAAAGAGAAUGUGACGUUGACGGCGGUAGCCGCAUUAGCUAACCUCGUCGUGUGUACCGCAGAGAGCGCCCCAUCAGAGCGGUCGCCUGAAACAGGGCUGCAGCACGACUUAGUUCUCCUCAAUGGUCACACCACACAGACAAUGCGUCGGUUCGAACGAGUACACGACGACUACACCACCAUUGUCCGCGUGGGCGAGGAUAGCGACCACGCCCUGUUCACCGGCUCACGUGACUGCGUGGUGAAGGUGUGGGACACGCGUAGCAGCAGCAAUCGCCCCUCCCUCUCAACCGCAGCAGCAGUAUCAGCGGCAACAACAGCAGGUAUGGGGGCGUCACUGCCUCGAGUGGAGAAUGCCCACACGGACACCAUUACUGCUGUUGUGCCCCACCGCAAAGCGCUGCUGACGGCCUCACUAGACGGAUCGCUCCUCGUGUGGGAUGCGCGCCGCAUGAACGCGCCAGUGCACAACGUGCACAUGUCCGCAGGGAUCCUCGACGUUGCUCCGGUCGAUGGUGCGCACGUUGCCGUCUCCACCGCCCGCGGCCUUUAUCUUCUUUCACUCGAGACACUCAACACACUCGAUGCGGUUCCAAACGUCACACACACACAACUCAAGGCGAGCGGCGACGGUAGUGUUAUCUUCGCUGCGGGCGGUAACGGCAUUGGCGUCUAUGCGCUGCGCAAAUAG